UCUCAGACUCGCCCUCAUUUUGAUUUCCACCAUGGCCAAGCUGUGUGUUUUGCUCAUCUUUCUCAUUUACUGCUCAGGUGUCCGUUCACAGCACACAUUGACUCAGUCAACCUCCGAAUCUGGGACUCUGGGCCAGACCCUGAUUCUCUCCUGCUCUAAAAGUAGCAGCAGCAAGAGCGCAUUUCGCUGGUACCAACAGAGACCUGGAGAGGCUCCUCAGUUUGUGCUCUAUGGCACCAACACCAGGGGAGAAGGGAUCCCAGACCGGUUCAUUGGCUCUGUCUCUGGGAACACUGGCUAUUUAACUAUCUCCAACCUCCAGGCCGAAGACGAGGCCGUUUAUUACUGUUGUGUUUGGGAGGACACCGGUGGCUUCAAGUUGGUCUUCGGAGGAGGAACCCACCUGACUGUCACAGGUCAGCCAACAGCACCUCCAACAGUGAACGUCUUCCCACCAUCCCCAGAAGAAUUGAAGACCUCAGACAAAGCCACCGCAGUGUGUCUGAUAGAUGGCUUUUACCCGAGUACCAUCCAAGUUACCUGGCAGGCUGAUGGCACCGCCAUCUCCUCUGGGGUGGAGACAACCAUGCCCACCAAGCUGAAUGACAAGUACGCGGCCAGCAGCUACCUCAACAUGAAAAAGUCUGAGUGGGAGAGCUAUGACAGAGUCACCUGCAAAGUGACGCAUGAAGGGAAGCCCUUUGAGAAGGAGGUGAGGAGAUCGGAGUGUGCCUAAAGGCUGGAUGGGUCUGAUGAGUUCCUCGUGCCUCCAGCAGCUGAGAAGAAAGAGUCAUUUCGUGUUCAAGGGGGCCAAGUUUAUUUCCUCUAAUGCUACGUUGAUCCAUCAAGUCUGGUUUCCUUCCUAUGUCGUUCCCCUCCCCACACCCCCUCCCUUCCUCUUCUCCCUGGAAUCUCCUGUGUAUGUUGGCUUAUAAUGUUAGCAAAUCAAUAAAAUGUCAUACAUUU